AUGCAGUCUGGCACUCCAACGCCCUCGGUGCCCGCAUCGCAGCCGUACACGAUCGCCUCACCUCCUCAUCAGUCGUCUUCACUUCAAUCGCCUCCCCUUCCUCCGCUACCCCCGUCGGAGGGUGUUCCAAGCGGCGCUCCCGCAUCUUACACACCAUUUCCAUCCACCGAAACGCGACAUCAGCUUUCACACGACACUCUCCCUCCGCCUGUGCCCGCCUCUCCUCCGUCCAUCAACCGGCAACAAUCGCUCGCGGAAACGCUCAAGGAACUACAAGAGCAGGCUGCCUUUGUACCGAGAAGCUCGGUGGUGCGAACUGCCGCAGCGAAUGUGCCGAUUGCGGUCAGCACGGUUGUCGAACCAGAAGUCGGGGUAGAGGAGAGUGUGUCGGAGCUGUACAUAGCGGGUUUGACGGCGCGGGAGUUGUUUGUCAGGUUGCCAGAGAGCGACGAUGUCUCUCUGCUCCUCGAGAAGUACCUUCGACCAGAACAUCGGCCGGCGCGGGAUCUUUCAGGCGAAUGGCGAGGGAAGACUCUGAAUGAACUGAUAGCUACGCACAACUGGCGAGGCGUUGCUCGAUAUUCCUACGACGCCGUCACGCAGUCUCCGCCCGAACAGACUGCCUACAUACUCUCCCACUGGCUCCUCCGCUUCCAAGCCCUCGUCCGCCUGCGCCUGUUUCAGCCUCUCGCCGUAGAACUCGCCUCCGUCACAUCCCUUCUCCCGCCGUCUUCCUGCUUCGGCCCUGUCGAGCUCUCCGAACCAAGCGAAGCCGAUAUCCCGCUCUUCCACCCGGCCGUACCAUUCGAGCUUCACGUUCUCGUCGCUUCUCUGCCGAGCUUGCAGGGACAGCAGUCACGGUCAGUUGAGUUGGUGACGAUGCUGAUACGAUGCUGUAAGGAGGCGCUGUGGGCGGCGAAGAAAGAGAGUAAGGAGGCGGACCAGCGGAUAUGGACGAGUCGGGUAGAGCGGUUGGGAGUCCUGCUGGCAGGACUUUUCGCGGAAGUCAAGGCCUCGCCCUCCGCCUCCUCCCUUCUUUCCUCCGCCACUUCUCCUUCUUCCGCCGUGCUCUCUGCGCUAUGCCGCCUCGGUAUUUCAGCAGGCGAAAUGACCAGCCUCGACCGCUCACUCUCGGCCAUGCCAGCCGAAGACCCGGCCAAGGCCCGCCGACGGAUACAGAUCCUGCGAGACGUGGCAGAUGGCAAGUACGUCGAAGCGGAGGUGGAGCUGCGACGCCUAGUUGACGAGGAUGCGGACGAUGUCGAGGCUCGAACGAACCUGGCUGUUGUGCUUCUCUAUCUCGCUCGUGUCGAAGAGGCCACUACGCACCUCAUCUCCCUCCUCUCGACCCACCCUCACAUCGCCUACAACUCGCCAACGAUCCUCUUCAAUCUCUGCACGCUCUUCGAGAUCAGCACGGAACAUGCGACGGCGAAGAAGGUUGGGUUGUUGAGGGAUGCGGCGCGGUACGGAGCGCAAGGGAUCGAGAGGGGGUGCUUCAAGCUGAAGUAA